GCAGAGUUCGAGAAUCUCCCCAAAUCAGAGUAAGGAAAGAACCUCAGGGGGAUGAUCGUUAAGCAGCUGCGUAUACCAAGGACGAGAAGGAAGACGAUGUAAACACGUCCGAUGGUGUCGCGAAAUGAAGACAAAGAAAAUAAGCCGUUAUCGACCGAAAGACGGGGGGUUGAAGAGGUGGGAUGAUCUCCGGAUGGUAUUGAUUAAUAGGUGUGUGACGGAAGAACCCCAAGCAGGAUGCUGCAUGCAAUGGAAGCGGCAGAAAAAGUGGCGGAUCAGAAGAUGGUCGGGGGCGAGGCUGUUUUUCUUUUUCAAAUUGGUUUCGUAUUAUUCUUGUCCUCCUCUUACUAUGCACUCAAGGGAUUCAGGAGUUAAUCGUGCAGCGAGCAGUGCAUUUGGGGGCCGGAGCCGAAGGGGGAAGGGGACGGAGAGAGAGAGAGAUGAAACGAUCCCCGACAAAAACCGAGACAAGAGGCAGAUGAGACAAGCAGCGCGGAGGAGAUAUGAGUUGGGAAAACGAUAGACUAGACUAGACUAAAGCGAAAGACUGGAAUGUAAGGAGAUAAUUAAGAAAAAGAAAAGGAAACGAAAGUAGUAUGAGGAUGAGAGAGAAAAGAAGAGCGAGUGUGAGAGAAUUUGGGAGGUGGAAUGAAUGGGGAAAAAGAAGGU